CAAUUUGAUUUGAGGUAGCUGUGAAUAUCAUGUGGGGUAGCUGUGAAUAUCAUGUAGCUUGUUGUGAAUAUCAUGUAGGGUAGCUGUAAAUAUCGUGUAGGGUAGCUGUGAAUACCAUGUAGCUUGUUGUGAAUAUCAUGUGGGGUAGCUGUGAAUACCAUGUAGCUUGUUGUGACUAUCAUGUGGGGUAGCUGUGAAUACCAUGUAGCUUGUUGUGAAUAUCAUGUGGGGUUGCUAGCUCAGUAAAUGCGUUUAGCCCCUGAUCAGUGCAUGAGGGGAGAAGAGACCAGUGAAGAAAGCCAACUAGCUAACGUUACUAGGAAUGAGAUGUACCCAGUCAUGGUGGUCCUAGCACUAAGUAUUCAGGCAGGUUGUUUGUGCUGUUUAAAGGCUGUUCUCUGCCACAACGUUACAUUAUGACAUUACAGACCGACUUUGAGCGGUUUCCGGGGCGCUGUGCGUGUAACUAACGUCAGUCAUAGCACAUACUGUUCACUAGCUAGCACGUCAGCUUACUGGCGAGAUAAAUCAAAUACAUCUCAAUCUUUGCAGGUCAGGGGUGUCCGGAUAGCCUUUCCCCUGAAUUUGAGAUGUUAUUUUUGGUCACCUACUUCGUGUUUUGGACAGGGCACCCCCGGGAAAGAGUCAAAUUCCAGGAUUCAGGAAGGAGAAGAGUAUUUGGUCCGGUUAUCACUUGUUACCACAGCCACAAAAUGCAGUCAUGCCUAAUUCUACAAUGUAUCUCGUUUAAAUCGUAAUCCUAACGUUAACCGCAUAUCUGACUUUAGAUUAAGACCAAAAAGCAACAACAAAAAGUAUGCAUUUUUACGAUAGACAAUUAUAACUUUGUGGCUGUGGUAACCAGUGACGACACUGGUUGCCAGAUAUGAGAGGCAACAGGGCAGUUGUAUAGUCUCUUUGGUUCAAAACUGAAGGUGUCCAACUAAAGCAUGUCUCCAAAAUGCCAAAGCACAACACAAAAUGAAAUUUCUUUAUGAUUUUAUUGGGUGACAACACUAAAUAUCUGGCUACCCGGAGGAUUGUCCGUCCAUCCGAAUAGAAUCAUUUCCGGUACAAAGGAUUUUCUUUGUUUUAAAAAACUCCAUCAUGUCGGGGGGCAAAGUACCUAUACAAAUCACGUAUUUGCUCAGUAAUAACCGUUGUGUUUGCAUGGUUCUGUGUUAAUUUACUAAUAACCAGAAUUUGUUUUAUGAAGAUGGGGAGGUUUAUUUUGUCCGCAACAAAGGGGAGGAAUAUUGUCGACGCACAGCGUCUCCAGCUGCCUGCCCAGAGACCUGAGCUGGCAGACUACACAGCAAGAGUCUACUUUUGCCGUAAUGGGGGAGAAACCGUUGAAGAUCCUCGCAUGUGGUGAUGUAGAAGGAAGCAUUAAUGCUGUGUUUAACCGCGUCCGGACCAUCCAGAAGAAGAGCGGGCAGUUUGAUCUGCUGCUGUGUGUAGGAAACUUCUUCGGUUCGUCUCCAGGAGCUCAGGCUGAAUGGCAGGAGUACAAAUCUGGAGCAAAGAAAGCUCCCAUCCACACCUACAUCCUGGGAGCAGCCAGCCAGGAAACACUCCGCUUCUUCCCCAGUGCUGACGGCUGUGAGCUGGCAGACAACAUCACCUACCUGGGUCGUCGUGGUGUUUUCACUGGGGCGUCAGGCCUGCAGAUAGCAUAUGUGAGUGGUCGUGAGGGGCAGCAGGAUCCGACUCCAGCUCACUGCUUCUCUCCUAAAGACCUCACUCAGCUGGUGGAGCCACUGAUUAGCAACAACCAGUUCAGAGGAGUGGACAUCCUGCUGACAUCACAGUGGCCCCGCGGAGUCUGGCAGUACGCCAACAGCCCUGAAGUCAACACUAAGUUCUGUGGAACGACCUCCAUCUCCCACCUGGCUUACAAGCUGAAGCCUCGCUACCACUUUGCUGCAGUAGAAGGAGUUCACUAUGAGAGACUACCUUACAGGAAUCAUGUUGUUCUUCAGGAGAAUACUCAGCACGUCAGCAGAUUUAUCGCCCUGGCAACCGUCAACAACCCAGAGAAGAGAAAGUACCUGUAUGCCUUCAACAUUAUCCCGAUGAAAAGCAUGGAGGCAUCAGAACUGGUCAAGCAGCCUCAGGAUGUCACUGAGAGCCCUUACAGCAGGAUGGUUAGAGAGAACACUCUAUCUGACCCUACUGUCCAGGAGCCGGCAUCUCAGUUCUUCUUUGACCUGGGGAAGAAGCAGCGUGGAGGGGGGCGUGGCCAGGGGGGGCGUGGUAGGAAGAGGCCCUCAGACGGAGACGGGCAGAAUCAAGGACAGCCGUGGGAUUCAGACCGGCAGAGUCAGAGACUGCCCUUUGAUCUAGACAGGCCUAAACAACCCCGCAGGCCCCCUCAGCCCAGCGGUCCCUGUUGGUUCUGUCUGGCCAGCCCUCAGGUAGAGAAACACCUGGUCAUCAGCAUUGGUACACAUUGCUACCUGGCCCUUGCUAAGGGCAGUCUAACCCCUCAGCAUGUGUUGGUACUGCCCAUCGGCCACUACCAGUCAGUAGUGGAACUGAGCUCUGAGGUGGUUAAAGAACUGGACCGAUACAAGAUGGCUGUCAGGACCUUCUAUAAGAGCAAAGGACAGCGCUGUGUUCUGUUUGAGAGGAACUACCACAGCCAACACCUACAGAUCCAGGUAGUACCAGUACCAGAGGAUAAGUGUACCACUGAAGAUAUUAAAGAAGCCUUCAUGCUGCAGGCGCAGGAACAGAACAUGGAGCUGAUGGAGAUACCACAACACACUGACCUCAAACAGAUUGCUCCUCCAGGGACACCGUACUUCUACGUAGAGCUGGACUCUGGAGAGAAACUCUUCUACCGCAUUCAGAAAAACUUCCCUCUGCAGUUUGGCAGGGAGGUGUUGGCCAGCGAGGCGUUGCUGAACAUCCCGGAGAGGGCCGACUGGAGAGAGUGUAAACAGACCCCAGAGGAGGAGGAGGGUCUGAGCAAACAACUACGAAACGACUUCCAACCAUACGACUUUGCACUGGAAGACUGAACACCGACACACACUGUACCGUACAGGAGGGGUGUAAUGGUACACUGAACCAUUGGGUACGGGGACUUGUGGAUUAACAACACCAGUCCUAUAGUCUGUGCUGUGUUGUAGGCCUAUGUCUGCAGUAAAUCUGAGCUGAACAUUUCAGUCUAUUCCGUUGAAACAACUAGAGCCUAUGUGCACGUUGUAAUCAAAAUUCAAAUCUUAAUUGGCGCAUUUCAAAAACCCGUCCUUUUGUGAGGCGCAGCCAGGAACUAGUUCUGUACGAUGGUGAUUGGUGGGGUCCAACCAUAACUGGAGGAUCCUCCAUCGUUCUCCAGUUUGGGAACAUUUUGUCAUGAAAGUAGAUUAUAACGGUGACGGACAGAGUUGUGGAUAAAGCGUUAACAGUACGUCUCCACGCAGAAGGAGAAUAGCUGCUGCCAACACCUCCAACAUGUUGACACCCACAUCACCCCAGUAUAGUGUAGCAUGACGGAGCACCUCCAAAUGUUGACACACACAUCACCCCAGUAUAGUGUAGCAUGACGGAGCACCUCCAACAUGUUGACACCCACAUCACCCCAGUAUAGUGUAGCAUGACGGAGCACCUCCAACAUGUUGACACCCACAUCACCCCAGUAUAGUGUAGCAUGACGGAAACACAAAGAAUUCACACCACCUUCCGUCU